AUGGCCACGGCAGUAUUGGAUAGAGGUGUUAAACUAGGUUAUGAAAAUGAUCAAACCAGGGAUUAUAAUCAUGCUACUGAUAGUCAAUAUGAGAAUUUAAGGAAAUUAGCAGACCAAGCUUAUAAAAAGAAACAAGAAUAUUCGAGCUUAUCUCAGCAAGCUUAUAAAAGUGGUAAUAAGUCAGAAGCUCAUGAAUUAUCUUUGAAAGCUAAAGAACAAGUGGAAAUAGCAGAAAAAUAUAACAUGCAAGCUGCUGAAUAUGUGUUUGUCGAGAACAAUGCGGAUUCUGAUUCAAAUGAAAUUGAUUUACAUGGUCUGUUUGUUAAAGAAGCACAAUUUAUCGUAAAGAGGCGGAUAAUAUUUGCUAUUAAUCACCAUGAAGACGAAUUAAAAAUUAUUGUAGGGAAAGGUUUACAUUCUAAAAAUGGGGUUGCCAAAAUUCGGCCUGCAAUUCAAGAAUUAUGUAAUGAGGCAAAUUUGGAAGAUCAUAUAGAUCAAAAAAACUCAGGUGUAUUGGUGGUUAAUCUAAGGAAUGGUAAUGUACCGGAACAAUGGUAUAAAGAUGCAAAGGUUAAUAAUAAUAAUGUAAUUAAACCAAAUAACAGUUAUCAAAAUCAUGGUCAACAACAACAACAAUAUUAUAACCAACAACAGCAACCACAUUAUGCUCAACAACAGCAACCACAAUAUAUUCAACAACAACCUCAACAGCAAAACUCUUCUCAAGAUACAAAUCCGAUUGCAAGCAUUUUAUUACUAUUGUGUACUUGUCUUUCAAAGAAUAUGUAA